GGCUGCGCCGCGGGAGGGACGGAGCCAGCGAGCGAGCGAGCGAGCGAGCGGGGCAUUUGUGCGCAGCUCAAGUGCGCCUGGGAGCCCGCCGGGCGGCCGCCGGACACACGGACCGAGGACAGACAGCGCCCGGAAGCCGCGCCGGCGCCGCCAGGUGCCUGACUUCUGUCCUUGCCCCCGGGGAGCUGGUGUGGUCGGAGCAGGGGCUCAGCGUGCAGAUCACCGCUCGCUGAAUGAAAGAGUAAAUCCUUGUACCAGGAAUGCUCGCCACCCCACCCUGCCCACCCAGGUGGCUGGGAGUCAGGAGACCAUUGACUACCUGGCAAGGCGUGCUGGUCACCAUGACAACAGAGACAGGCCCUGAUUCCGAGGUGAAGAAGGCUCAGGAGGAGGCCCCGCAGCAGCCUGAGGCAGCCGCCGCAGCGACCACCCCUGUGACCCCUGCAGGCCACGGCCAUCCCGAGGCCAACUCCAAUGAGAAGCAUCUGCCCCAGCAGGACGCUCAGCCCGCUGACCAGAGUCUAGACAUGGAGGAGAAGGACUACGGGGAGGCCGAUGGCCUGUCAGAGAGGACCACGCCCAGCAAGGCCCAGAAAUCACCCCAGAAGAUUGCCAAGAAGUAUAAGAGCGCCGUCUGCCGAGUCACUCUGCUCGAUGCCUCUGAGUAUGAGUGUGAGGUGGAGAAACACGGCCGGGGCCAGGUGCUGUUUGACCUGGUCUGCGAGCACCUCAACCUGCUGGAGAAAGACUACUUUGGCCUGACCUUCUGUGAUGCCGACAGCCAGAAGAACUGGCUGGACCCCUCCAAGGAAAUCAAGAAGCAGAUCCGGAGCAGCCCCUGGAAUUUUGCCUUCACAGUCAAGUUCUACCCCCCUGACCCUGCCCAGCUGACAGAAGACAUCACAAGAUACUACCUGUGCCUGCAGCUGCGGGCGGACAUCAUCACGGGCCGCCUGCCCUGCUCCUUUGUCACGCACGCCCUGCUGGGCUCCUACGCUGUGCAGGCUGAGCUGGGCGACUACGAUGCCGAGGAGCACGUGGGCAACUAUGUCAGUGAGCUCCGCUUCGCCCCUAACCAGACCCGAGAGCUGGAAGAAAGGAUCAUGGAGCUGCACAAGACAUACAGGGGCAUGACCCCAGGAGAAGCAGAAAUCCACUUCCUAGAGAAUGCCAAGAAGCUUUCUAUGUAUGGAGUAGACCUGCACCAUGCCAAGGACUCUGAGGGCAUCGACAUCAUGUUAGGAGUCUGUGCCAACGGCCUGCUCAUCUACCGGGACCGACUGAGGAUCAACCGCUUCGCCUGGCCCAAGAUUCUCAAGAUCUCCUACAAGAGGAGUAACUUCUACAUCAAGAUCCGGCCUGGGGAGUAUGAGCAGUUUGAGAGCACGAUUGGCUUUAAGCUCCCAAAUCACCGGUCGGCCAAGAGACUGUGGAAGGUCUGCAUUGAGCACCAUACGUUCUUCCGGCUGGUGUCCCCUGAGCCCCCACCCAAGGGCUUUCUGGUGAUGGGCUCCAAGUUUCGGUAUAGUGGGAGGACCCAGGCACAGACCCGCCAGGCCAGCGCCCUCAUCGACCGGCCUGCACCCUUCUUUGAGCGUUCCUCCAGCAAACGGUACACCAUGUCCCGCAGCCUUGAUGGAGCAGAGUUCUCUCGCCCAGCCUCGGUCAGUGAGAACCACGACGCAGGACCUGACGGUGACAAGCGGGAGGAGGAUGGCGAGUCUGGGGAGCGGCGGUCAGAGGCUGAGGAGGGAGAGGUCAGGACCCCCACCAAGAUCAAGGAGCUGAAGUUCUUAGACAAGCCAGAGGACGUCUUGCUGAAGCACCAGGCCAGCAUCAACGAGCUCAAGAGGACCUUGAAGGAACCCAACAGCAAACUGAUCCACCGGGAUCGAGACUGGGAGCGGGAACGCAGGCUGCCCUCCUCCCCCGCCUCCCCCUCCCCCAAGGGCACCCCUGAGAAAGUCAACGAGAACAAACUCGGAGAUGCGGUCAGGCAAGAGAAGCACGUCACCAGCUUAGCAGCGAACCCCCCGGGGAAGGGGGGGCACCUGAGAUUCGCCAGCCCCUCAGGCCCUCAGAGAGCAGGGCUGAGGGAGGGCUCCGAGGAGAAAGUCAAACCUCCACGGCCCAGGGCCCCAGAGAGUGACACGGGAGACGAAGACCAGGACCAGGAGAGGGACGCGGUGUUCUUGAAGGACAACCACCUGGCCAUUGAGCGUAAGUGCUCCAGCAUCACGGUCAGCUCCACGUCCAGCCUGGAGGCCGAGGUCGACUUCACGGUCAUCGGUGACUACCACGGCAGCGCCUUCGAAGACUUCUCCCGCAGCCUGCCUGAGCUCGACCGAGACAAAAGCGACUCAGAAACCGAGGGCCUGGUGUUCUCCCGGGAUCUCAACAAACGGGGCCCCAGCCAGGAUGACGAGUCUGGGGGCAUUGAGGACAGCCCGGACCGAGGGGCCUGCUCCACCCCGGAUAUGCCCCAGUUCGAGCCCGUGAAAACAGAAACCAUGACUGUCAGCAGCCUGGCCAUCAGGAAGAAGAUCGAGCCGGAGGCUGUACUGCAGACCCGAGUCGCCACUGUGGACACCUCCCAGGUUGAUGGGACUGCCCCAGGGGGGAAGGAGUUCAUAACAACUACUCCCUCCAUCACCACGGAGACCAUAUCAACCACCAUGGAGAACAAUCUCAAGUCCGGGAAGGGGGCAGCUGCCAUGAUCCCAGGCCCACAGACGGUGGCCACGGAAAUCCGUUCUCUUUCUCCGAUCAUCGGGAAAGAUGUCCUCACCAGCACCUACGGCGCCACCGCGGAAACCCUCUCCACCUCCACCACCACCCAUGUUACCAAAACUGUGAAAGGAGGCUUUUCUGAGACGAGGAUCGAGAAGCGGAUCAUCAUCACCGGGGACGAAGAUGUCGAUCAAGACCAGGCCCUGGCUUUGGCCAUCAAGGAAGCCAAACUGCAGCAUCCUGACAUGCUGGUAACCAAAGCUGUCGUAUACAGAGAAACAGACCCAUCCCCGGAGGAGAGGGACAAGAAGCCACAGGAAUCCUGACCUCCGUGAAGAGAUGCUGGCGUUUCUGGUCCAACCCAAGCCAGAGAACCAUAAAGAAGGGGCCUUCAUUCUGGAUUCUCCAACUCAACACUGACGUCCCAGCGGCGACGUACUGUCCCUGACGAGAGACUGGGAAAGGAAAAGCAUAUAUAUAUAGAUAUAUAUAGAUAUAGAUAUAUAUACAGGAAACACCACGUCCUUGCACUGCUGCCGGGGCUGGCCGAGCGUUCGGCCAACAGCAACAACCAACAUCUGAACGCCUACAUGUCCUUUGCAGACAAAUUGAAGAAUUGGUGGGAUUUUUCAGGAAAAAAAAAUUAUAACAACAAUAAUCCCUUGCUUCCCCCACCCCACCCCGCCCACCCCCAUCCCACCUCGCCUUUGAAGCCCUGCAGAACAACCACGGCAAGCUAGACCACGCUGAUUGUAGAAGUACAAUGCAACCCGAGUACUACACGUUCCAUUCAGGGGACGAGCAUUCCGUUUCUUCUUCUCCUGCGUCUGUUGUCCACUCGAAUGCAAAGGGAAACACUUUUGCAGCCAAGCAAGAGAAGCUGCAGCAGCAAGACACACCCCAUCGACCGUUUUCUGAGAAAGAGAGAAAAUUCCCCACUCGGAAAGGAGGAGGAGGAACACUGGAUUCUUAUUUUUUGGGUCUUGACACUGGGCUGCAAAAUCCACCUUCCUUUCUCCCGCCUCCCCUCCCCCUCAGCUCUCACACGUCUUGUCGUCAUCUUCUGUCUGGGUCCCCUCCUCCCUCUCCCCCACCCCACGCCCCUCACCCUGUGUCCUGGUCCUGCCGAGGGCCACUGCAGAUGACUCUCACUGGAAGCGAGAAAAAGCAAAGCAAAGCAAGAGCGUGCAACCAAGCCACAGGAGGUGAAGUAGACAUUGUAUGUUUAUAGGUUCUCAUUAUGAAGGUGCAGCUUGUAGGAGAUUUGUAUGGAUGUGCUUUUAAGUUAUGUAUAUUACAUAUAACAGGAAACAUAUUAAAAUAAACAGUGCUGGUAAGUAUGACGCUGACAUUUUAAAAUUAUAAUUAUCUGACUGUGACUGAUGUAUCCCAAGGUUCCUAGAUCUCACCAAACCGACCCAGCCAGGGAGACCUGGACUCUGGCUGUGAGUCGCUCACAGUAGGAGCUGACAGUUCAGUGUAGAAAUACAGUGUGUGGUGUUUGUAAUUGGUGGAUUGGUGGGGAGGGGCGGGGUCCCCAAAUGGAGAGGCAGGGGUUUGGCAAGGGUGUGGUUCAAGAUGCUUUGUCCCCCUGGGCAGUCGCAGCCGGGGGCCUGGACUGUGCUCAGGCAUGGGGUCCAGAGUUAGGAUGCUGCUGCCCAGGUCCCCUGGCUCAGUCCCCCCAGGAGGCUUGCCUUGGUUCUCAAUCGUCUCUCUCUCUCUCUCUCUCUCUUUUUUUUUUUUUGUGGCCACAUGUCUUGCCUUUCCCUGACCUCAUUGUGACAGCUAACUCCCAUCCCGAGGGAGGUGAUGCCCCUGGCCACUGCGGAAGAUGGUGGCUUCCACCUGGCUGUCUGAACACCCCCAGCUCAGUCUUUUCCUUUACCACUCCUGUAUUCUGUCUGAAUCGUUCUCUUCUGCCUGCGCCAAAGCAGCCAUGGUAGAGACUGAACACAGGGCAGGUCCUGAUAGGUCAACACUGAACCCCCAAAGGCUUUGCCUGCCCCAGAACAAGCUGAGGGGGACAGGAGGGGUUGCUGGGGCUCCAUCUAUGUAUAAGACCCUGGCUUUGGAGACCUCCCCUUCAGUCAGCAUCUGCGCUCUGUGCCUGUGCCCUUGGAGUCCCAGAAGUGGCCUUGAGACCCCAGAAGCCCUCGGAGAAGAUCCCAUCGAAAGCUUGGCAUGACCCUCUGGCACACGUGGGCUUUCCCAGGCUUUCCAGACACAUGCUGCUUCCCUGAGCUCAAUGAGGCCCCUUCUGAGGGAGUUUGUUCCCACUGCCCUUUAAUUUCUCAGUCACUUCCCCCAUCCUGCUUCUAAAGCAGUCGAUAAAUUCAUUCAACACAUAUUUAUUGAGCACUCACUUGUGCCAGGCACUAUUGUUAGGCUCAAGGAGAACGUGUGGGGGGGAGCAGAGGGACCUGGGAAGCCCCCUGAGCCAGCCUUACUCUCCAACCCCUCUGAGAGCAUGUCCACAGUCUCUCCAAUUAUCAGACAUCGCCCAGGGAUGCCCCAGCAAGGGCCCGGGCUUGCUUUUCAGUUACCCUGGUGACACACAUGCUGAGCUGCUUCACUGGUGCUGACCUGAGGCAGGGCAAGAAACCAGAACAGCGUUUGCCUCUGUGGGCAAAAAUGGGGUGGAGAGAGGGCAGAGAGAGCCCUGCACCCGGGCUCAGCUGGCACAGUCAGCCACGUCCCCUCUGGGGCAGGCUGAUGGCCCGCUCCAGCUCCCCCUGAGAGCUACAGCACACUUUGAAUACACCAGGUUCUUUUUUACAGGCCUGGGAGAGAAGCCACAGAACCUCCUUCCUGUCCUCCUCAGCCUGAGAGCCCCCACUCUUUCUGGGCCAGGAGCUGGAGUGGCUCCACCCUCUGGGCCACCUGGAGUUUGGCUCAGGCAUCCAGUCUUUGUAGGAACCAGGUGUCCUGAGUGCACUGGACAUACCUCAGAGGGAGAAUAUUUGUUCUGGGGUCUGCGCCUGCCUAUAGACCCUACGUGUGCAGCUUAAAGCAGGGAAGAAGUGACCAGGCUUAGCUUGUGGGCCAGCUGGGGUUUGUGGAGCUCUCCAUCCCACGGAUGCGCUGACCUUCCUUCCACUGAGAGGCAGGCAGUGCCGGCAGGGAGGAGGGAAGCUGCAAAGCUGAAAUCCAGGGCACUGUUUCCUCCCCAUCCUCCUCUUCAUAGGGAAUAUAGACGUUUGUCUUGUCUGUCUUCAACCUACUUUUCCUUUUUACAUUUCUCAUCCUUUCUGUGCCACCUCUCCACCCAGGAGACCAUGUAGCAUAGUGGGAAAAGUCCUGGAGGGCAGUCAGGAGUUCUGGGUGGCCAUCCUGGCUCAGUGCCUAACGCAGCACAUGUCAUUGAGCUAGUCCCAUCUCCACUUGGGGACCUCAUUUUCCCCACUUACAAAAUAAACGGGAUAAAGCGGAUGCUCUCCAUGGCCUUUGUCCACUCUGCCAGCCUACAAAUCUUUGUUUUCCCUUCUUUUACUUUUUUGGGAUCUUUUCCAUCUGAGGGUAUAGGAAGUGCCAAGACCUGUUUCAGUUUUUGAAUCCUGCAAGCACAUUCCAAGACUGGCCUGAAAUUGCAUGAGCAACAUCACUCUAAAUAUCUUUUUUUUUUUUUCCAAAAGCACCUUCCCAACCAACUGCGAUGCUGUCCUGGUCCUUUUUACUCACACCCCUCCCUCCUCUCUUGUCCCCGAGCUUCCCCACCUCAGUGCUCCGUGCUGUAUGCGUGUGCUCUCUGUUCUUGUAUACUCAAUAAAAGUGAAAUAAAUGUGUUUG